UGGAAGAGAGGGGCCAUCCAUACGCUCAAGAGCUUAAACGCCAAUAACUUUCUGCACAACCAAUUGUCUCAGUGUUUCUCGUGUCGCGAUUCGCCGGUUUGGAUGGACUCGAGUACAACACAACAGUGCAAACAAUUGGAAGAAUCGGUUGGCGGCGCCCAACGCUUGGCCGACAUAACCGGUUCCCGAGCUUACGAACGCUUCACCGGCAGUCAAAUCGCAAAAAUAUUUCAAACCCGACCCGACGUUUACGCACAAACUGAACGCAUAUGUCUUGUGAGCAACUUUUGUGCCUCACUUUUCUUGGGAGACUACGCGCCCAUCGAUCUGAGCGACGGCUCGGGUAUGAACUUAUUGGACAUCACAUCACAUCAAUGGUCGCAACAAUGUCUGGACUAUUGUGCGCCCGAACUGAGCGCCAAAUUAGGCGAAACGCUUGUGCCGAGCGCUACGGCGUUGGGACCCAUAUCUCAGUAUUUCGUGGAUCGGUAUGGUUUCAGUGCCGACUGUCGUGUGGUCUCCUUCACGGGCGACAAUCCCGCGUCUCUAAUAGGCAUGGGUUUGCGUCCGGACGACAUCGCUGUCAGUCUGGGCACCAGUGAUACCGUAUUCUUACGCCUCUAUCACCCGAAACCAUCGCUCGACGGACACAUACUAUGCAAUCCGUUGGACGAGAAGUCAUAUAUGGCUUUGAUUUGCUUCAAGAAUGGGUCGCGAACUCGAGAACGGAUGAGAGACGAGUGCGCGGAAGGCGAUUGGCAGCUCUUCAAUGAGUUGCUUGAGUCCACUCCGAGAGGCAAUUUCGGAAAUAUUGGCUUUUAUUUCGAUUUCAAAGAAAUCUAUCCAUUAAUUGCCGGAGAUUUUCGAUAUAAUAAAUUCGACGCCGAAGUGCAGCGCUUCUCGAAAGAAGUGGAGGUCAGGGCCUGUAUUGAGGGUCAGUUCCUUCGACUCCGAGUACACGCCGAAAAUCUGGGCUAUAAUAUCGGACCCAACACUAGAGUGUUGGCAACGGGUGGCGCCUCAGCCAAUGCCGCCAUCAUUCAAGCCUUAGCCGAUGUGUUCAACGCACCCGUCAUUGUCCAGACGCGGCCCAACUCAGCCGCUUUAGGCGCUGCUCUGCUCGCAAAAUACUCGCUCAUUAAAGAAGAAAAAAGUUUCGAAGAAAUGAUUGAAGGAAUCGAUACGCCUUCGAUCGCAGCCAACCCUUCAUCCGACGCCCCCAUUGUCUACACUUCUUUAGCACAAAGAUAUCGCAAACUCGAGAACGAAAUCGCAAACAAAGCCAACAAUAACUUGAAUGAAAAUAUUUAACCAAAAUAUAUUAUUAGAAGCAAUAAUAGUGAAUAAAUAAGCAAUUAUUUUUGAUACCGGUUUACAGGG